AGUGUGCGUGAAAUAUCUAGUUAUUUUUAUUAGUUCCAUCUUUCCACUUCGAUGACAGUUCUUCCAACUUAGCACAUUUCGGCCGCAUGGUUUUUUGGAUUUUCUGUUGCCUGUGAAAGUUGUUCAUUGUUUCAUAGAAAUAUUACUAAAAUACGUUCAGCUCAUACCAACUGAAAUAUGACUACUACACCGAAAAAGCGGAAGUCGAUUUCCGGUGAAGAUUGCCCUUUAAAGUCGAAGAAAACUAAGGUUGAGAAUGAUCAACAACUCAGCGGUACUAAACUUGAGAGAAAGAACAAGAAGUCCAAACUAAAGAAUCCUAAUUUGGAAAAGGAGUUCACUUCUCGAGAUGAUAGACGGACUACAAAUAUACUAAACCACGAUAAUUCCAAGGGAAGCGAGGAAAGUGCAACAGGCGACAAAUGUUCAAUUUCAAGCAAUAAAGUUGUCGAAAACUUCCGUCAAAAGCUUAACCAAGGAUCCGUUGCUGUUGAUGUGAUUCGCCACUUUGCCCAAUCCAUGCAACAAAAUCCAUCGUAUGCCGUCGACUUCAUCCGGGCCGGAGGCACCUUCAAGCCACUCAUGAAGAUUCUGGAUUCGUUGAACGCGGAAAAGUUAUCAGAAAUAGCAGAUCUUUUCCAUCUGAUGCAUUAUAUUCUAAUAGAAUGUAUAAAUUAUGACCAAACGCAUACUGAUUACGCUGCGAAAUGUGUCAAAAGCAUUCUUUCGGAUCAUAAACCUUCGAUUGUGGCUUUGCUGAAGGGACAAACAAAUGAGACACUUCUCAUUGCGGGAUUUCGUAUAUUGAAAGCUAUUUUGCUAGUAGAUCAAAACUAUGGAAAGGAAAUUUUGAAGCUGCUAGACGCAUGCCUCCCUGAUAUGGAUAUGAAACGAUACCGUGAAACAUCUGUCAAUGGAAUCGAGGAAUCUGUAAGAGGAGUCUUUGUUGAUUUCAAUCUAUGCUUUCUCAUUGACACUAAGCCGGAACUAGUACGUGGUUGGUUAAGUAGGUUUCAGUUGUUGAACCCCUUGGUAAUUAAUCUGGUGUAUGAUAAUGCUGAAAAUGUAAUCUUAGUGAUGAAGACCUUCCAGCAAUACAUUCUGGAAGCACCAGAUAUUGAUAAAUACAUAUAUAGAACUACUUUCAGCAUUGAUAUCCUUAAGGCCCUGGUCAAUGUCUACGAGUGGGUUGGACCAGCCAGGCAGAAGGUGGAUUUACAGGUGAAAAAUACGGUAUUGAAUGCAACUGAAAAAGUGGUGGUACCAUUGUUGACCUCGAAGAAAUUUCAUCUGGUGCCGAAAAUAGUGGAUCUAGGUCGUGGCGCAUCACGACACAAGCAUAUUUUACUGGCAUUGAAAAAUUCUCAACUGGGCAAACAACAGAAAAAGUUGGUACUGAAAAUAUUUGAAGCCUGCCCACAGGUUCUUCCUGCAGUUUUGGAAAAUUUUGGCGCAUUGUUGAAGACCAGAAAUCAAGAACACCGAGAAUUUCUAUUAGAGAUCCUGCGAUUGUUGAAUCCUGGGGAAGUUGUUAAACAUUUCAACACAGCAGAUGCUAAACAAGUAUCAAAUUUCGUCACAAAGUCUACCCUUCCCCGAACCAUUUUGGAGCUCAUCUCCACAUCGAUAAAUCAGAAAGCAACCGGUGCCUACUGUCUCGAGUUUCUAGCUGUUAUGCUUAGUCAGUGCGAAAAGUAUCUCCAGGAAAUACCAAAACUUACGAAUCUUAAUCAAUUUGAUAUCAAAAAGAUUAGGUUCGAUGUUAUAAAUCAAAUUCUAGGUUUGUUUCCUACGAUCGAUGCAAUCAUGACCCUCAUGAUCUAUCAUCGUUCGAACAAGAACGCUGUGAAACCGUACAUUGCCAUGGAACACGCAAUGGAUAUUUUGCUGGCCUGUAUUCGUACCUUCCCAGCUUACAUCGAAAGUUCAUCAUUCAUUACGACGUAUCGAAAUAUCCUCAAUUCAGUCUAUCGGAACGAGAAAAUUCAACAUGAUUAUCUUGCGUACGAAUUCAAAGCCAUAAAAGUGGUAAUGGCUCUUGAACCUCAAUCGAUCGCGUUCAACUCAGAAUUGUUCCCAUCGGUUCUGAAGCUACUCACUAAAGUGUAUCUUUAUGGAAGCCAAGAAAUGCAGCGCGAAUCUACCACGCAAUUAUUAACCCUUUUCUGCAACACCAACUUGUUCGGAAACAACCCCACCGAGAUAGAAAUUUGGUUCCAAUCGUUACACCACGUAGAUCCCACUCUUGUUUCUGAGUUGGUGUCGCGAUUGGCAAUCUCAAUCCGUCAAGCAUCACAACGUCAAAACUUGCAAGUGAAAAAAAAUCAUUCACUCGUCAAUGAAGCAUUCGAGAAAAAUCAACGAAUCGAUUUGGAGGAACUGUUUCAACGCGUCGAAUCAGAAUCAUCCGGACAGCUGGGACAGGAAGAACCGAUAGAACUUCCGGUAGCUGACAACUUUCUGAUCUAUAUGUUUGAUCCGGAUACAUCCAAACCGGCCGAGUUUUAUCCCUAUUUGGAAGCGGUAGCGUUAAGAUACUUUCAUCUGCUGCCACAUCCGGAAAUAGUGCAGCACUGUGCCCAGGGUAUUGACGGUCAAAUUCGUAAAUAUUUCACCAAAUGGAUUGUGGAAGGUAAAGCAAAACCGUUAGAUGGUUUCGGAGAACUCAGUUCCCUUGGCAGGUUGAGCCGCUUGUUGCUAAAGAAAGAGCAGGUGUCGGAGGACGUCCUACCGGAAGGACCUAUGAAUCGAUGUGAGCUGGUCUACCUCAUACAUGAGACAAUUUUUUAUGCAUCGCGUUUGAUCGAGCUAGGUAAAUUUGACUCGGAUUACUCCGCCGUGUGUUCGUUCUAUUUAAAGUGCUUUCUUGAAAAGCUCCACGCGGAGGAGGCUGAUUUAGGUGAAGAUGAUAGAAAAAUGGGAGAAGUGCUGAAAAACAUAUUCUGCCACCGACCAAUCUUGUACCAAUACUUCACGGUGACUAGUCGUAAGAAAGAUAAAACAGCAGUUGAAAUGCACGCCCUAGUUACGAAUUUUAUCUACGAGCUGAUUAAAAAUCUUCAAUCGAUUACUAGCUUUUCGCAAUAUUCAAUGCUAUACUCGAACAAAAUAGUAAACGAAAUUAUUUCCACAUCGUCUCCGCUGGCGAAGAAUGGGACUGAGUUGAACGUAGCGCUGGUCGAUAAACUACUGGAAGUUUUUCAGCUAAACGAACGACAUUGCAUUAGUUUAUUGAAACAUUAUUCGCAGUUGACUCAUAGAGAUUUCAUCAAUGAGAAGAACGAGAAAACAUGUCAUUUUAAUUUGCUCACGAUAGGGCUGCAAAAAUUAGCCGCUACCAGAGAUUGUUUCCUGGAACAAGAUGUCAUGAAAAGUCUCUCCCGAAUAUAUAUUGAUUUAAUCCGGGAAAAUGGAAAUGAAUUAAAUUUGGAGAACCUAGAAGUAGCACUACUGAGUUACUUGACAUCGUUCAGUCACAAUAUUGGUCACUUAGAGAAGGACAUUUUCCAAUGUUUCUUUGAAAGUAAACGGAUGGGAAAACCCAUAGUAAAAUUGGCGACUUUCUUGCUCGAUCGUGGAAACCGCUUCGACUCCACUCUACUAGAUAUGCUUACGACCAAUAUUACAAAGAAAGAACUUGUUUACCCGCUAAUAAAUGUUGCUUUCCAGAAAGGUAUUUUCAAGGAAAGCAACGAAGAUCACAAGAAAGUGUUGGCCAUAGCAUAUAAUGAAUUCAAAAGUGGUAUAAACAAAACUAUUGAAAAACCCGGUAAAGCAGCUGUUAUCUACAAGGAAAACACAUUCGCGAAUCAACAGCUGAUUCAUUAUUGCAUGCCAAAAAAUGAAUGCGUUGAUUUUGCCAAGAAAAAACUUAAAAUCGAUUCGUUAGAAAUAUACCAGCUAAAGCUGAUGAUGGCAAUCUAUAAGAAAGCUUUUGAAGCAACGAAAGGUGAUCCGGUUCAGGUCAAGAUUCUCUACUUGAAUGUGUUCAAUGUACUUCUGCAGUUUUAUAAUAUAUUAUUGAAGGUGGCAGAUUUAUUUAAAGAAAUUGAGAAGCUUAACGAACUCGUGUUGGCAACCUUCUCGUGGGUUCAACUUAGUAACAAAUGCAAAAAUUUAGCAAACACAAAGUACCAGGAACUGACAGUUACUGCUAACUGGUCUAACUUUUGUAAGUACAGCUUAAAACUAGGAAUCGAUAUUCACAAAAGUGCUUCCAACCCAAACCGGCAUGACGAACGACUUCACAUACUGAUGAAAAUUGCAGCCGUGUUAGUUGAGCUAUUUUACGAGGACAAUGGCUCAGCUUCGGAAUUGACAAACUUUUACGAAUUGGCCUUGUCUCAUUCUCGCUUUCUUGAUGUUCUGUUAGUUCCUUUCCAAUUCAAAAUUAAAACAUCUCUCGUUCAUUUGCUGCUCACGUUGGCUCGCAAAAACCACUCCGUAAUGGAUAAAAAGCAUAUCCCUCUACUGUUGGGCUCAUACGGAGCCACUCUAACGGAAAGUAACCGUUUAAUACUAGCACUAAUUCAACACUACGAGCGAUCCGACAUCCACAUGCAUGAGUACCGACCUUUUGUGUGGGGUGAUGCUGCUAUAAAAAAAUUCUCCCUCGGUCAGGACGCAACCGAACAGCAAUCUUUAUUCCGUAUAUACAACUCCGAAGUUUUCUCCUUGCUAGACAGAGAAAAAUUGAUUACAACUCUGAAUUGUUUUCCCAUCUGGAGAAAGCUAGAUGCUGUAGCGCAACUACCGGAAGUGAAUUUCGAUGAUUUGACUGGAAACGACCGCAGGCUUGGUCGAUAUGUUCCCGUUACGGAUAUCGAACAAUUUGUUGAGGAAAGAUACCACAGAAACCAAAAAGCCACAGUCGAACUGCUUGAACACUGUGCUGUAAAACGCGAAAUAGCUGCCAGAGUUUACGAUCCCGCUUUUCUUCUACCAUUACUGGGUUAUCUGUUUGCGCCGGAGAGCUACGACAUGCUAGGUUUGGCCGGAAAAUGUGGAGCUCUAGCCAUUCCGUUUGCCUGUUUGGCCAGCGUAGAUGAACAAAUGCGAAUGGGUGCGGCCAGUGUUAUCCUGCGGAUCAAGGGACACUUGGAACAAUCAAGAAAAUUUAUCGAUUCUAAAUUUUGGUUACACCUUUUCACGUCUGUCCAAAACGGCCUUGCCACAUUAGGUAACAGCAAAUCCAACACGGGUAAUGAUCUAGCUGAUUGUAUGAAAAGAAAACUUCCAAAACCAGCAUUUCUGCCGAGCCUUUUUGUUGGUGAAACGGUUUUGAUCCUUCCGGAUGUCCUCAGCGAAUUGCACUCAAUGCUAACUCAUUACUUUCUACUGAAGGAAACUUUCGAUUUUAAAGCUGUACCAAAUUUUUUGGUUAUGUUCCAUAGUUCAGAUGUUAAGCAUAACAGUCAUCGUGUGUUCAUUAUGGAGACCAUCUAUAACGGGAUCAAAACGCAUGACGAUUUCAUGGUCCUGCGUGUUUCACCAGUGAUACGAGCUUUGAUGGACUUCUACGGAUGUGCUCUGUCAAACCGGGACUUGAAUAUACUAAUCCUAAAUACGUUCAACAGUAUCGUAAAGAUUCCAAAGUCCUGCGAAGUUAUGGUCAACGCUAUUGGGUUCAUCACGUGGAUUAGUAUGCGUAUCGAGGGAAUCGAAAGCUUCCAUUUUGACACGAUUGAAGCAUUCCUGGGUAUCAUAAGCAAUGCAUGGUACUCAGCACGGAUCCUUCAACAGCACUACAAUAUGAAACAACUCAGUCAAACUAUUUUAAUAAUUGUAUUAAAAUUUGUUCCCUUGCUGUCUACCAGAAGCUCAAGUAAAACGCUGACAAGAUUUGUGAAUUUGAUUGAAAAGACCCUUGAGGUAAACGAAACCAACAUCAAGUUGAUUAACAAGCAAGUGCUGGAGUUGAUUCUAACAUACUUUGAGAAAAUGUUCGAACAAGAAUUUUGGUACGUGCAGUACAUCAAAUCCAAUGGCAAUGAAGACUGCGAGCGAUGUCAAUCUUUAGGAAAGAAGUUGAAGGCGCAAAACGUUGACGACGGUACAAUGUAUAUCAUACUUACACUUCGAAGGAUUGUUAUUCGUUGGCAGAAGUCGCAGAACACAUGAAUUAUGGAACAUUAUUUAGAUCCAUAGAAUAUAACCAUUUAUUUUGUAUAUAUU